AUGGACAUGGUUGGAGAAGGUAACAACUCCCCAUCUACCUAUAUCCCUCCAGUUACUUGGUUAGAAUUAGCAGGUUGCAGUUUAACAAGAUUCCCAAGUUCAUUGGCACACCUUAACCAAAUGUCUUACUUGGACCUGUCAUGCAAUAGAAUCAGUGGGGCUAUUCCAAAGUGGAUAUGGGCGACAUGGAGUAGUAGCCUUGCAUAUUUGAAUCUUUCACACAACAUGCUCAACAGUAUGCAACUUAAUUCAUAUGUUCUCCCUUUUGAUCGGUUGGAAGUUCUUGAUCUCAGCUCCAAUCAGCUUCAGGGGCAGAUUCCUAUGCCAAGCCCCCCUGCAGCUAUCUUACGUUAUUCAAACAACAGUUUCUCUUCAAUUCUUCCAAACUUCACUCUCUAUCUUGGGAAUGAGUUCAGAAUUUCUAAAAACAAUAUUAGUGGGCAUAUACCUAACUCAGUUUGUGAUUCCAGUAUCAGCCUCCUUGACCUAUCAUUUAACUACUUCAGUGGGUGGAUACCACCCUGUCUAAUAGAAGAUGGUUACAUGAGCGCGUUGAUUUUGCGUGAGAAUCAAUUUGAAGGUGUGUUGCCUAACAACAUCAAAGACCAAUGCCAGCUUCUUACAUUAGACUUGAACAACAAUAAGAUUGUAGGGCAGCUUCCAAGGACACUUACCAAGUGUUUGCAGCUGGAGUUCCUUGACUGUGGAAAUAACCACAUGGCUGAUACUUUUCCAUCAUGGCUUGGGAAGCUUCCCGAACUUCGGGUCCUUGUCUUGAGAUCCAACCAAUUCUAUGGCUCGAUGGGUGGUGAUCUUCACAGAGAUUACAAAUAUGGAGAAUACUUCUCUAGCUUGCAGAUUCUUGAUCUUGCCUUGAACAAAUUUUCUGGCAAAUUGAGUCCAAAAUGGUUUGAGGGGUUGAAAUCAAUGAUGGCAGAGUCCAAUACCACAGGUGAAAUUGUCAUAGCUGACAAUGGGACACUGACAUUCUAUCAAGAUACUGUGGCGAUAACAUAUAAAAGCACCUAUAGGUCAUUUGUUAAGAUCCUGACUACUUUGACCGUAAUUGACCUUUCAAAUAAUUCAUUUGAGGGAACCAUUCCUGAAUCACUUGGGAGACUUGUUUCACUACUUGCACUAAACAUGUCAGGCAAUGCCUUCACCGGUGAUAUUCCGCGGGAAUUAGGCAGGAUGAGUCAGCUAGAAGCACUAGACCUGUCCCAGAACCAGCUUUCUGGUGAUAUUCCAGAGGCGCUAACAAAUCUCACCUUUCUUGGUUUCUUGAACUUGUCCAACAACCAGUUGGUGGGAAGGAUACCUCGGUCAGGUCAGUUUUUUGGGACGUUCCAAAACAGUUCAUUUGAAGGGAAUCUGGGUCUGUGUGGACCGCCACUGUCCAACCCAUGCGACAUUGCACCCGCUCCUCGAAGUGUGGCGCAUGGGGAGAAGUCCUCCCAUGUGGACGUCAUCUUGUUUCUCUUUGUCGGGCUGGGCUUUGGCAUUGGAUUUGCAGCUGCCAUCCUGAUGAGAUGGGGUCGGAUCGGCGAAUGGUUUGUGAAAUCUGCAAGAGCUUUGAGGACUUGA